AGUCCGUCCGGCUUGCUCGCCCCGCGCUGCGCUCUCGCGCCGCACUUCCUGGAGAGAGAAGGAGUGCGUGGCGCCCGGCGCCGAGAGGAGAGGAGAGGCGGGCGCGGAGGGGGCGCGCGUGCGGGAGACAGGCAGCCCGGCAGCCAAGCAGCCAGCCAGCCAGGCAGGCAGGCGGAGAGAGCGACCGAGAAGACGCCGCAGCAGCAGCAGCAGCCGGGGAUCGCGCGCUCUCGCUUGCUCUCCGCUCGCUCGCUCGCUUUACCUCGCCCAUCCGCCCCUGGGAAUCGGAGCUACUACUCCCCACCGGUGAAUGAAUGAAACAGCCACAGCCCAACAAGUAAGUGGAUCGCGCCGGGUCUGGGGGUGGGGGGGCACUCUCGGCUUAACUGCCAUCUGGAUGCGCUGCCCGGGUUUCUCAAAGGCGAGGGAAAGUAGCGGGGUGGGGGGAGAGACUGGAGACGUGGGGAGGGGGGGCAAGGAAGGAAAUAGUAACACGUUGUGCAGGAGGUUUUCUUCCAAAUGUUCUUCCUAGAAAGAAAGACCUCGCUGUUCGGCCUUCAGGUCGGGGGUUCUUCCAACCAGUGCCCUCCCCCCUAUAUUCCUAACCGGCUGUUUCCAGUUAUUAUAAGGUGGGGAAAGUCAACUUUGGGUUUAGUCUGCUCGCCUCUUCUGGACUUGGUGCCGCAACCUUGCGGGUUAAGAUCCUCGGUGUGUGGGGUUUUAUAUUAUUAUUUUCUUAUGAUUUUGGUCCAGGGUUCAAUUGGUAGAGGGAGAAAAGUUGCUGGGCGGAUGUGUGUUGCUUGGGAACGACUUUGAUCUCCGCCAGUUGAGAAGCUUAGCCAGCGCGUCGUCGCCUUUCAAGGUUUUAUUACUGCCGGAGGUUGGUGGGGGGUUUAAAUUAGUGUAACGCACGCGGCUUUGUAACACCGGGAGGGGGGGAUGCCGGCCCCCUGACCUAGCAGGGACGGCGCAGGAGUCGAUCCGGAGAGGGAAAUCCCUUCCAAAUUCGGAGGAGAGCAGGAGGAAGGGGAAGAAGAGGAAGAGGGUUCCAGGGGUUAAACUAGCUGACAGAUGAAGAGACCCUUUGCUUCGGAUGGAAUUCGAAUUAGGGCAUGCCGGGGACACGGAUCUGGAGUGGGCGCAAAGAGGAGAGUCCCUUUGGCGGGCCGGCUGCCUGGCUUCAGUUGUCGAACUUUCCGGCGCUGUUUUCAUUGUAGAUCUAGAGAAACUGUGUUUGGGGAUGUAGUGGUCGGGAAAAGCCAGCCACCCUCCCGCCCCUUAGACGUGGGUCAGUUCCGAAAGCCGUCCGGAAGAGUUGAGAGAGGGAUCCCUUUCUCUUCAGAUUUGCUACUUUGUCGGCGCGCGCGCGUCCCUUGGGCGCCCUUUCGCCCUGUUCCGCCUGCAGCUUCGGGGACUGUCAUGGACGGAGCUGCUUUGCUCUUUAAUUGCCUUCCUCAUUGUGCGCGCGCGUGCCUUUUAAUUAAUUCGCUUUAUGGCUGUUUUUCUCCUUUUCCUACAGUCCAGCGGAAUUUCUAGAGGAAAGGGAAGGAGGGGGAGAUGUGGGUGUCGCCAUUUAAUUAGUGUGUGUGUGUGUGUAUCUAUCUAUCUAUCUAUCUAUCUAUCUAUAGUAUACACACACACACACACACACACACACCCUAAGGACAUUUUCUUAAGUGUCUAAUUUCCUAAUGACUGAAGUACUUCCGAGUAAGCUGUGUCAAUCUUGGGGCAUUUGAUAAUCUGUCUGCGUGUAUAUAUGGAUAGACUUAGACAUACACUACUAAGAAGUAAGAGGAGGAAUCAAAGCAAAUUUCAUUGCACUUUUGUUAUAUACAGUGAGGAAAAAAUGACACGCAUGACAGCUACUUUAGAUUUUCUAACACAAAGCAAGUUUUCUCCUUACAUCUCCACCCUCAUCUGCCCACACAUAUUAAGGUUCUAAUGCCCCUAAACUUUCGGUGCCCCCUGCCCUGCCUUGGGCUUUCGAGGAAGUCCUGCUCUCUUCCCAGGGGUUGGGGAUCGAGUCCCUUGGCAGCCGCAUCUUCCCCUCCUAGUCCUUUCCAAGUGAGGCUGAAAGAGUAACAAGUUUUUUUUCCCCCUCCCCUCCUCUCCUCUCUGUGUUUGUUUCCCUCCCGCUCUUCUUGUGCUUUCCAGGGAGCACCCGGGUCACUCUGGAGUCCGCAGCGCUUCCCUCCCGUCUUGGCAACCUGUCCCUCCAUUGAAUUCCGACGCUGUCCGCCUUUAGCCCCCCCGAAAACGCCUCUCACUCGGCUGAAGGUGGGUGAGUCCCUGGCUAUUUGCACCCAUCCAUCGUCCUCCUCCAGAUCCCCAAACGCUCCUUUCCUGGGGACCUGAAAACUGAGACAUGGGGCAAGUCCGGAGAGAUGGGCUUAGGCACAAUUUGGGGAGGGGGAGGGGAAGGGGAAUGGGAAGGAGAGAUCUGAUGUGCAGGGAGAGAGGGAGGGGGAAAUAUAUUGGGGCGAUGUGGGGGGGGAGGGAUAUGCGGGCUACACCCUCCGCAGCCCAAGCACUGACAGCUAUCAGACGGCCCUUGUUGGGCUUGCCUGCGGGGCUUUUCUCUGCUUAGAGGGGAUCGUUCCCAUCCCUCUUCCCCACGAUCAGUCCUUCCUUCCCCCUCUCUGCCCCUCUUCUCUCCCCCAUCCCCACCUCUACACGCCACGACCUCUUCCCUACCUCUUUCUCUGCCUGACCCACCUCCCCAUCGCCCAGCUCCCUGUCUCUCCUUCUUCUUCUUCUUCUUCUUCUUCUUCUUCUUCUUCUUCUUCUUCUUCUCCUACUCCUACUCCUACUCCUACUCUCUCUGUCCAUCUUCCCCACUGCAGCCUCCCUUUUGCUGCCAGCUUUUUUCGCCCUGCCGGUGGGCCACGUCGAACUUCCUCCUUCCUCCGCUCUUCUGUCCUGCCAUCUCAGCCCGGCUUUCUCCCCUUGCUGCCCCACUUCCCACUUCCCCUCCUCCUCCUCCAGCGCCCUUCAUCUUCUUCCACCCGAACCCCAUUCCCCGACGUGAGGGCGGUGGUUGGUGGGGAGGGGGAGGUGCAAGGAGGGAGCUUGGCGGUGUGGGCGGGCGGUGUGGGCGGUUGGGUUUUCCCCUUCGGGGGCUUGUUGCUGCGCAGCAGCUAACCACCCUGACCCCCCAGCUGAGCCAUGUUGUUGUUGUUGUGCCGUGUCUCGUUUGCAGCCAUGCCCUGCGUCCAGGCUCAGUUCGGGUCCUCGCCGCAAGGAGCCAGCCCGGCCACGCAGAGCUACGCUUACCACCACUCGGCGGCUGCCGGGGAGUACAGCUCGGACUUCUUAACGCCCGAGUUUGUCAAGUUUAGCAUGGACCUGACCAACACUGAAAUCACUGCCACCACUUCUCUCCCCAGCUUCAGUACGUUCAUGGACAACUACGGCGCCGCCGCCGCCGCAGCCGCCGCGGGCUACGACGUCAAGCCGCCUUGCCUGUACCAAAUGCCCUCGCAGCCGCCGCCGCCGCCUCCGCCACCCCCGCCGCCGCCCCCGCCGCCCUCCAUCAAGGUCGAGGAGCUGCCCCUGCACGGCCACGCGCACGGCUACCCCCCUCCGCCGCCCCAGCAGCCGCCGCCGGCCGCCGGGCCGCAGCAGCCCGACGAGCUGGCCGUCUACUACAAGCCGUGCUCGUCGCCGCCAGCCCCGACCGCGGGCUUCGCCCCCGGGCAGAGCGUGUGGGACGAGGCGGGGCCCCUGCACGGCUUCCACCACCACCACCAUCACCACCACCAUCACCACCACGCGCAGGCCUACGGCGGAGCGGCGGCCGUCGGGGGCGGCGGCGGCGGCGGGAUGCACAAAGCGGUGGCCCCGACGGCCGUGCCGCGCCUCUCGCUCUUCUCCUUCAAGCAGUCUCCGCCAGGCACGCCAGUGGGCAGCUGCCAGAUGCGCUUCGACGGGCCCCUGCACACCCUGCCGCUCAACGGCGAGCCCGGCGGGCCUCACCACCAUCACCACCACCACGACGGGCAGCCCUUCGCCCUGCCCAACCCCAUCCGCAAGCAGGCCGCCGCUGUCGGCUUCCCCGGGCUGCAGAUCGGGCACGCUUCGCAGCUCCUGGACGCCCAGGUGCCGUCGCCGCCCUCGCGGGGCUCACCCUCCAACGAGGGGCUCUGCGCCGUCUGCGGGGACAACGCUGCCUGCCAGCACUACGGCGUGCGCACCUGCGAGGGCUGCAAAGGCUUCUUCAAGGUGAGAUGCUGCUGCUAAGGAGCCGCGACAGGGGGCGGGGGGAGGGCUUCUGUGUCAGUGGUGAUGGAGGAGGAGGACCAGAUUUUGCGCCGGCCGUCUCUCCAGCUGCCGAGCCGCUAGCGCAGCUCUCCAUCCCCGCAUCCCUCCCUCCCCUGUAUCUAUCCUGUCCUCUGUGCCCAUCCAUUCCUCCAAGGCACUGAUGGAUAGAUCCCUUCUUCGCUCUCCCAAUCUAGGCCGAGGCCCCGCCCCCGCAAAUUGGAAUCCACACCUGGCUGUUUUAGCCUGGUAUGAUAAUUGCCACUCCGCAUUAGACGCCCGGCCUUGGACAGCCCUGAAAGGAAGGAAGCCCUAUGGCGGGCAGCCUCACACUUGCGCUCAGGGUUCAUGAACCCAGAAUAAACUUCAGUCCUGGUUCUCUUCCCUUUGCAUCCUAAAGAGAGACAAGCUGGUAAUCGCUCCAGGCGUCCCAGCGCGCAUAGAUAGGAUCGGGCCCUAUUCAAGCGGCAUAAACUCUCCCACCAGCUCGCGACUCACCUGUCCCCAAAUCUCCUUCGAAUCCUUGACUUGAGAAAGUCACAGUUUAAAUCACCUUUUUGGUCUCCCUACGUGGGAAUAUUGACACGCGCUUCAGAAACGCCAGACGCAUAUUCCUAGCUCAGAUAUUUACAAUCGCCCCUUUUAGUCUAAACUCUCUGCCAAAAGUAGAGAUUUGGGGUUCCCCUCCCCCACCCCGCGUUUCCCAGCCGUCGGAAGAGUUGGCCAAGCGCAACUUUAUUUAUUUAUUUUCUUGUUGACCACGCUUUUGUCCUACUCUGUUGCUGAAUAUGUUAAGGACGGACAAUCCGUUACGGCGGAUAAUCUUUAUGAAAGUGGGAGAAGUGGGGAAGAAACCCCACCCAGCUCCUCUGUCGCCAGGGUUUAUUGUUGGCACUGCUCCUGGGCACUGCGGAGACCACAAGGGCCAAAAGAUGCCCGGUUGCUUGCCCAAGGGAGUCAGGAAAAAUCAGGAUUUCGGAGACGUGCUUUUGGAAUCAGGGGAGAGAAAGCACCGCCAAGCCCCAGACCUCUUUCUCUGCCCCAACCCGACUCAAAGCGUACCAGGGGGAUCAAGCCAAACCAGGAAUUUAGGAGCGCACUCCGGCGCUGUUGGAUGAGGGUGGGUUUUUAAUAUUUUAAUGCGCUCGACGCUGCAUCCUGAGGCCUGCUCAGAAUCUCUACAGGCAGCCCAUCACCUGGGGAAAAGAGGAAGGAAAAACUGUGGUCCAUGUGUCACAAAGUCGCUGUCCUCCCCAGGCAGCUUUCGUCGCCCAACCCACUCUCUUUAAAACAACAACAACACCACCAUUUCCCUCCUUCCUCUCCCUAAAGGAGAGGCGAACAGAGGCCGGGCAGGCGGGCGAAGGGAGCUAUUUGCAUGCGCUCGCCUUUUGCCUUCGGAUUGAAAUUGGUUAGGACAGAGAACCGUGUCUAAGCUAACCAAGUGGAACGGAAUUCCCUAUGGUCAAAUUAAGUGAUCUCUUUAUUUCCCCCAUUCUGAUUGAAUAAUCUUAUCAUUUGAAAGAGAGAAGGUCUCGGAGGAAUGUAAAUAAUAUGAAUGCCCACGGAUUUGUAUUUACCGAACGUCUCCUCUCUCCUCCGCUUGGCAUAUCAAGCAUCGGCAAGGAGCUGCGGGGCCGGCGCGCUCGCUUCCCAUUUGUUUCGAGAUAAAUGCCUUGGAAAAGAAGAAGGGCUGGAGGGGAAGGGGAAGGCGAGCGAGAGGGGGUGGGAGGGGGAAAUGGCGAGGCGCUGUGCAGGGAAUUUAACCGAGGGCGCCUCCUUUGGACUCCCCCACCCCAAUCUCCUCCCCUCUUUUCCGCAGCGCACCGUCCAGAAAAACGCCAAGUAUGUUUGCCUAGCGAAUAAAAACUGCCCCGUGGACAAACGCCGCCGGAAUCGGUGCCAGUACUGUCGCUUUCAGAAGUGCCUGGCAGUCGGCAUGGUCAAAGAAGGUACCGCUUGCCGGGGGGGAGGGGCUGCCGGGAUGACUGGGAGCGGGAGGGGGGCGGGCUGGUCCUCGGAGGAACCAGCAGCCACAGCUGCGAGAAGGAAGCGCGGACACGCACACUUCCUUUCCCGUUCGCCACGUCGGAGAACGUCCGCGUCCCAGCAGCGUUCGGGCCUUAUUCAGUCCUAUGCAAACGAGUGCAAGCCUGGGGAGGAUUUUCAGUAAACCUGCAGAGAUAGCGGAGAGCUCUGGGACCAUGGUCCUUAGACGGCCACAGUCGAGCGCCUACACACACUGACUCGCAGGGGAAUCUCCCAGAGAAGUAAAUAAACAGGCAAGCAGAGGCCUUAACUGCCCAGGGAGCUUAGGAUGACAUCGAAGAAGCAGAGGCAGUUACUGGCCCCUCUCUGGAACCGGAUGGCCCUCAUCCUAGACGUGAAGGGACCCAGGCAUAGGUUCCUUACGUCUAAGAUGUGAAGGAUGAGGCAUCCCAGGGCAAAGAGAGUCGAGGCGGGGUUGGGAUUUUGCCAAGGCUCAGAUGCACUCUUUCCUAAACAAGAAUGCCAUUCGUAUCAUGGCUAAGGCCAGGGCUUUUUCCUCCCAGGGGUAAGUCACCCGAACUCUCGGGUGAGUACCGGCACCUCUCAAUUGGGAAGUGUUUAGAGUGAGUUCCGGCACCUGUUUUUCUAGAAAAAUAGCACUGGCUAAGACCGAACAAAUGCUGAGGCCCAUUCCUGGCUCACAGAAGCUACACCGCUCCAUCCCAAUUUCAGAGUCGAGAUUUCCAUCCACAAGGGUGUAUACUAUACACUGGUGGUUCCUUUUAACAAGCAACUUUUGCUCCCGCGCGCACAUACGCACGAGAGGAAAAGCAAAUAAAGGAAUAUUCAUUCAGUGGGAACUCUGGACACCUUUGUGUUGGAGGCUUCCUGGUGCCGUCGAAGAGAUUAUGGGCACUGCAUCCCCGGGGGGCGGAGGUGGCGGUCGCGUAAGGGAUGUCAGGGCUUCUUCGCUUUCCUGUUCAAAAGCUGCUCCCUCUCUGGCCGGGCGAGUUGACCAGCUCUCUCUUUUGCAGUGGUUCGCACAGACAGUUUAAAAGGCCGGCGGGGUCGCUUGCCGUCGAAACCGAAGAGCCCCCAGGAGCCCUCUCCCCCGUCGCCCCCGGUGAGUCUGAUCAGUGCCCUGGUGAGAGCCCAUGUCGACUCCAACCCGGCUAUGACCAGCCUGGACUAUUCCAGGGUAAGCUGGAGACAACAUUCGCCGAAGGGUCCGCCUCGCGGGGGGGACGCGCUGAGCACGCGGCUAGUCCGUAGCGAGGCCAUUUCUCUGUUUGGGAGGAGAGAGACCCUUUGCCCUAAAGCUGUUGCCAAGAAACCGCGGGGAUAUUGGAGGACUGCUCUUAAGAUACAUCAGGGCCGAGGGGCCGAGGAUUGUGGUGUGGGUCGGGGGCAGGGGUGGAUGUGAGGGGGAGGUUUACGCCUUAGAAGCCACGCCUUGCCCACAUCUGCUUCUAAGAGAGGCCUUUGAUUCCCGUAGGAUUUGCUUAGGAUGCUUAGGGAAGUGAAUCAGGAAAGAUCUACUCUCGAAGUAACGGCGAGUAGGACCGACCUGUUAGGCCUGAUCCUCAAAGUCAUUAUUGGAGACAGCACAUACACUGGCCUUAGUGGAGUUCCUUAUCCGAAAUGCUUUGGGGAGCUCAUUCAGGGUAUAUAUUUUGGCUCAUUCUGGUUUGUGGGGGAAGAGAGAGGAGGGUUUGCCGAUUGGGAUCUCCCUCUUUCCCUGUCCAUACCGCAUAACGCUAGCUUUAUUUUUAUUAUUAUUAUUAUUACCCGGUCCUUCUGUGCUUCUGCACACCAACAGGGACACGACACACGUGUAUAUGUCUGAAUAAUGAAAAUUAAAUAAAAUGAUGGGGACAGACACUUGCGUGGAUGUGUUUUAUCUUCUUAGACAUAUGUGUGUGUGUGUGUGUUUCACACAAGUGUGUGUGUGCGUUUCACGACACAUACGGGCCUGUGUGUACAAGAGGAUUCAUUCCUAGUGUCACCAUCGCACCCAUCCUACGACACUCGCCUUUCCAGAGGCAAAAAAAUAAAAUCAGGGGCUGCUUGGAUUUCCCCUCCUGGCGGGUCCUUCGGGGCGCUUUCCCAGGGCGCCUUUGCUAAGCCGACCCUUCUUGGCCACGGCAAUUUCCACCUUCCUAGCACCACCCCUAAUUGAAUUAAUUGCCCUGGAACAUCUUAAUUUCCUUACUGGUCAGAGCGAGGUUUAAUUGUUAUAAAAACCAGGCUCCCCUCCUCGGAAUGGGGUUAGCAAUUUCACGGGCGAUAUAUUUUAGAGAACCUCAUUAAAUUGCUGGGGUCUCUUCCUCUCUCUCUCUCCUUCCUCCCCCACUUGCCUUCCCUUCCCAUCUUUCCCCAUCCGUUUCUCCUUCUUCUCCGGAAUGGCGACUCCAGUUCCAGGCUAACCCGGACUAUCAGAUGAGCGGCGACGACACGCAGCACAUCCAGCAGUUCUACGAUCUCUUGACUGGCUCCAUGGAAAUCAUCCGGGGCUGGGCGGAAAAGAUCCCCGGCUUCACCGAUCUCCCCAAACAGGACCAGGACCUGCUCUUUGAAUCCGCUUUCUUGGAGCUCUUCGUCCUGCGGUUAGCCUACAGGUAGGCAAAAGGAGGCAGAGCCGGGACAAUUAGGCAGGAAUCGGAGGCGGCGCAGUCCUGGGUGUUUGCACGCGCCUAUGGAUGUGUGGAUGGAUGCCUGCCAGCCAGUCUGAUGAGAAAAUCCUGAGCCGUUCAAGGUCCGCUGAGCUGCGUUUUAUUAACUCCUCGGUAAUUAGGUGCCUCUUAAGCCCUCCGUUUAUUGCUCCGCGAGUAAUUAGUUGUUUGCCUCUUUCUCUCUGUCUCUCCGCCCCUGGGUGAACUCCCCCGGCAGAUCCAACCCGGUGGAAGGCAAGCUGAUCUUUUGCAACGGCGUGGUCCUGCACCGGCUGCAGUGCGUCCGCGGCUUCGGCGAAUGGAUCGACUCGAUCGUGGAGUUCUCGUCCAACCUGCAGAACAUGAACAUCGACAUCUCCGCCUUCUCCUGCAUCGCUGCGCUGGCCAUGGUGACAGGUGAGCUUUGGGCUCCUACCCCCCAUCGGGUUUUUUUGCUCCAGAUUAAUUAAUUUGGAAGAAGUACUGCGUCAUCCCUCCCAUCAUUAUAAGUGAGCCAUGCAGAUCAGAAUUCCCACUUCGCUUGCAAUCUUACAACCCAAGACGGUCUGUCUCGUAUUUGUACAAUUUGCUAAGGCAGAGUUAGAACUGCCAUAUAAACCAGAAACCUUUAAUUCAGCCUUUUAAAGUCCACAAUACUCACCCCCACACUUUCCACCUGAUUACUAGGAUACUACAGUAUUACCAUGCAUUCGUCAUUAGAAUUCCUCCUUCGCCAAUAAACUCCUGCAUUUUAUGCUGGAUUGAGCGAGGAUAUUUAUGGACUUCUUAUCCCUAGCCCCUUGCAGAUCUGGCUUGAAUGAAUCCGGAAUAACAACUCUGCUCUCACGAUUGCAAAUAUAGAAAAUGCAAGGCACAAAACCAUCCUCAGACAGUGCGUGUUCGUGUUGAGCUAUUGCUACACAGUUUGACCCUCUUGCACACUCAAAAGUGCCAAUCUGGUCUGUUGACACCGAUUACGGUGUGCCCAAGAAGUUGGACGGUGCCAUUUUUACACGUGCCUUCUCCAAAGAGAUUCUCCGAGAUUUACACCCAGGUGAAGUGCCUAGCCUUUGCAAUCUAGGGCACAGCUAAAGUGGAGAGUUGCUUCUUACUGGUAUUAAGGAGCUGCAAGUUUGCGUCUUCUAGGCAAGGCCUGAUGGCCACACACACACACACACACACACACACACACACACACACUGCGUCCGGUCUAAUAAGCCCCUUGUCUCUUGCAGAGAGGCACGGCCUGAAGGAACCCAAGAGGGUGGAGGAACUGCAGAACAAGAUUGUCAAUUGUCUCAAGGACCACGUGACUUUCAACAACGGCGGCUUGAACCGGCCCAAUUACUUGUCCAAACUGCUGGGCAAGCUCCCGGAACUGCGCACGCUUUGCACGCAAGGCCUGCAGCGCAUCUUCUACUUGAAACUCGAAGACUUGGUGCCACCGCCGGCAAUAAUCGACAAACUUUUCCUGGACACGCUACCUUUUUAAAAUAAAAGAGAGAGGGAGAGAGAGGGAGAGAGAGAAAAAAAAAACGAAAGAAAGAAAGAGACAGAGAGAGAAAGAGAGGGAAGGACUCUUCUUUGCCGCUGAGCUUUCCAAGUGAAGAACUUUCAAAGCCUGGAAGAGAGGGGGAAGGAAGGAAGGAAGGAAGGAAGGAAGGAAGGAAGGAAGGAAAGAAGGAAGCAGAUGAAGGGGCCUGACUAAGACACCUGGUCCGUGAGGAGCACCCAUGGGUGCUGCUGGGCUCCCAUCCCUUCAGACUGUGGUUGGCCUCUCCUGAAAGACAGAGACUGGACAUUGGGGUGGGGGUCUCUCUCUAUAGGCACCCUGGAUCCCGUUCCUUGGACUGCACACAAAUCCCAUGGUACAAGCUUUUUAUUAUCGCCUAAAACAGACAAACAGUAUCCUUCAUACACCCCGGUCUCCCCGAAACAAAACAAAAAAAAGGGGGGAGGGGGGAAAACAGAAUUUCCUACUGCUAUUAUGGUGAUGAUGAUGAUGAUGAUGGUUAUGAUGAAGGACUUUUUGAGAUAAGGAAGCUGAGCCUUAGCUGCUGCCGAAGGCGAGUGUACUAAGGGAACCCACCUAAGACUUUUUUUAUAUAUAAAAAAAUCAUUUUCUGCUGUAAAGGAAAGCUGUAAUAUAUAUAUAGACGACCAGUUAAGGUGUGGGGAGGGAGACGGGGGCGGCAUGAAUCGACAGAAGGCGAAGGAUUGUACAUUUCACCAGAUGCGGUUUGGCUUUUUCUUUCUUUCUUUCUUUUUAAAAGGAAAACAAAAAACUAUUCUGUGCCUAUUUAUGAAUAAGCUAUUCAAACCGAUUCUGAUAAUAAUAAUGAUAAUAAUAAUAAAUUUUUUAAAAAAGAGAGUUGGGUUGGGGGGAGGAGAAAGUAAAGAAUAACGAGAAUCAAUCAAAGGAGCUUGAAGAAAUAGAUAGAAGUUGACGAUUCAAGACCUAAUCGAGAGAAAGCAGGGCCAUUCUAGGAGGACCACGUUUAUUAUAGGCACUUGCUAUUUCAGUAAUGUCUAUAUUCUAUAAAUAGUAAUUUCAGACACUAUGUAGUCUGCUAGAUUUUAUAAAGAUUGGUAGUUCUCUAAGAAGCCUCGAACGUUUUUCUCAAUUGUAAAAUAAGUGGGCACACGUGUUACACAGAUCCAAACAGAUUCUUCCUUCCUAAAACCCCAACCUGCCCCACUUCCCGGAAAAAAGCAAACACCUUUCGCCAGGGACCCCUAUUUCCCGUCUUUGUAAACACCGUCCGGCAUUCCUUGUUUGUAAGUGUCGUAUGUAUUGUUGAUGCUGAUUAAAAGAAAACAGUUUAUAUCUUGAUUAUUUUGUUGUCUGAAGCGGAGCCAAGUCUUGCAUGCCACAAGCGUUUUCACCGUUUCCAGAGUGCUUAUAUCUCAUAUACAGAACUCCCUGGAAAUUAACUGAGCACUUUGAAUUUUUAUUUCGGGAGUGUUCGGGUUUUGUUUUGUUUUUUUGUUUUUUUUGGAGGGGGUGUGAGGGGUUGGGAAAAGGUGUAUAUUUUUCUUUUUGAAAAACAAAUGUCUAAAAUUGUCGGUUAAUAUAUUAUUUUACAUUUCAGUAAGGAAGUUUUUUAAUAUAUAUCUAUAUAUAUAAUGCCAUAUUCUGUAGUUUUCUUUUUCUUUUCUUUGUAUAUUUCCAGGAGGGCACUUCCUUAAGUUUCUGCCUCCUCUCCACCCCACAACCCCACCCCCGCCCCUCUCCGUUAUGGUGUAUGACAGUUAGCCUUGGACAUUUUAUCCCUAAAAACUCUUUCUUUGAGAAAGACAAUUUUAAUGUUUACAGCAAAUAAAUCCAUGUAAACG